UGUGCAUCUUCCCGGACAUCUCCCCUCAGACCCAUUGUGAUCCAUGUUACCGCCGCCUGAGAUCGUGGAUUUCGAUCUACCUUCUGAUGCCACUGGUGGUCCUCUUUUCCUUCCUGUCUCAUCUUAUUGGUCCAGCAUUACAUCUUGACACUGCCAAUCAUGCUAUCAGCAAAUUAACCUAGGCGAGCUCCCCCGCCGUCCUGGGAGCUUGCUAACAUAAAGUCAUAGCCUCCUUCAAGUACUAGAGAACUGCCGUUGAAUUUAUCCCCCUCUACCCCAACCUGUCAUUCUAUUCUUCCAGAGAUAGGAACCCUGACCCAGCCGGUUUUGUCCUUUACUGUCGCUACCCAGGCAAAGUUUAGCACGACUCAUCAAGCUUUGGCCUCCAAUUCGUCUCCACGGCGCCGUCGAUAAGAGAGCAGGCUGAAUUAUAGCAACAUUUCCGGAUACGGGUAUUCAGAAGACGUGGCAGGAACGUCAGCCGUGACGGCUCUCGCCAUCAGAACCGUCAAGGUGGAUAUCUCCCACCUUCUCGGGGCCUCGGACUCGAAUGAGCCCCCUCCUCCAGCCAGGCCGGCGACCACGAGCCCGACUUCUCUGCCAGCAAUAACAACGGUUGAAAGCGUUCAUCCAUAUUCAACAGCACAAACCAGUGGCGCUGGAGGGAAACGCAGCAUGCCUGCACAUCCGUCAGAGACGCCAGCUAAGAAGCAAAGCAAGUGGUCGCCGGAAGAAGACGCCCUGAUUAUUGACCUGAGAGGAGGUGGCAUGAAAUGGGAAGAUAUAUCAAAGCGUUUACCAGGGCGAAGUGCUAUAAGUUGCAGGUUGCACUAUCAAAAUUACCUCGAGAGGAGAAGUGAGUGGGAUGAGGAGCGGAAAAAUAAGUUGGCGAGACUUUACGAGAGGUUUAAACCAGAAAUGUGGGCCAAGGUCGCCGAAGAGAUGGGCGUUCCAUGGCGGGCAGCGGAGGCCAUGCAUUGGCAGCUUGGAGAGGCCGACAUGGCACGCCGCGCAGGCGUUGUCCCAUUCUCACUUUCAAGCGCUCCCGUCGACACCCCCGCCCAUGGGCACGCGAGACCACUAUCAUCACGCGGCCACUCGCACUCACAAUCCCUCUCAUCCCCAACUGCAUCUACGAUGGGCAGUUCAGUACCCUCUUCCCGAUAUUAUCGUGAGGGACCCGCUACACGUUCGAUAGCUGCACGGCGGCAGAGCAUGCCGAGAGGUGGGUUGUCCACUUCCCCAUCAGAUGGGUACAUAUAUGGCGGAAUCGGAAUGGGGCAGGGCAUGGGGAUGCCAAUGACGGGACCCCCGCCCAUGCUGCCCAGCGUAGCAGAGAUGACAACAGGAAUGAGCCCAUACAGCACACCAGCAUACUCAGUAUCAGCAUCCAUGGCUGGCGGACAACCACGUUCUAGCCCGGGCUCUACUUUGCCCUCCAUAGGCUAUGCUUUACCUCCAAAUUUACCACCGAUGCCAGAAGGAAAGAGUCGCAGCCCUGACCCAGGUCAAGGGGGAACUAGAAGACGGCAGGACCGAUAGACACAGAAGAACGCAAACACAAUUCACUAAUACAGCUAAGCGCACUACAUGGGAGGAUCAGAAUAUCGCACCGCUGUGUGCGACUUGACUACGAUUGAAAAAAAUGAUGCAUGGGUUGGUUUGGCGCAAAAUGCAUAGCGUGGCCUGGGGAAAUGAAUAGAAGACGACUUGAUGACAACUUUGGAUGGACUUUGGUGGACACGGAGAUUUAACAUGGAGAUGCUUCUGAUUCCUUCGAUUCUUUUACUUCUUUUUAUCCUUCUUCUGGCAAGAUUGGACUUUUUAUUUUAUUUUUUACUUCUAUUCCUUUUUUGUCUAUUCACCACACUUGGCAAUAAUGUAUUACUAGAUUAUCGUUAUUUCAUAGAAUGACUCAAUAUAGAGCCAUGUUCCUUC